UCAUUCCCUGCAGCAGCUCCCUCCCUCCUGUCUGUCGCUCCGUCCUCUCCGUGUCGGACGCCACUUUGCGGACUCUUCUUCUUCUUCUUCUUCUUCUUGGUCUCGGUUUGGAGUUUGGAGGCUCGCGCUGAUCUCCUGAGCAGGGCUCGGCCUGAAGCUGCCGAUGUGGACGUGUCUCUGUUGACAUUGAGGUGUGUGUUAGAGGUGAAAGGUCAUGAUGACGACGGUGGCCGCCGAGUUCGACCACAUGGAGCUGCAGCAGCAGUACAGCAGCAGCAAUGACACGGUCAACAACCGCUGGGACGAAGAGUGGGACAAUGAGAACAGCUCGGCUCGCCUCUUCGAACGCUCCCGCAUCAAGGCGCUUGCAGAUGAGCGGGAGGCGGUGCAGAAGAAGACCUUCACGAAGUGGGUGAACUCUCACCUGUCCAGAGUCUCCUGCAGGAUCACAGACCUCUACAUGGACCUGAGGGACGGACGCAUGCUGAUCAAACUGCUGGAGGUCCUAUCAGGAGAGAGACUGAAAGCACCGUUAAUUAUCACCAAACUGAAUUUAUCUCAAACUUUAAACCUUUUCCAGCUCUGGUUACAUCUGUUUCUUAUUUUCAGGCCCGAUCUGAUCGACUUUGAAAAGCUGAAGAAAUCCAAUGCUCACCACAACCUGCAGAACGCUUUUAACCUGGCAGAGCAGCACCUGGGCCUCACCAAGCUGCUGGACCCAGAGGAUAUCAGCGUGGACCAUCCCGACGAGAAGUCCGUCAUCACCUACGUGGUCACGUAUUAUCACUACUUCUCCAAGAUGAAGGCUCUGAAGGUCGAGGGCAAACGCAUCGGAAAGGUGUUGGAUAACGCCAUCGAGACGGAGAAGAUGAUCGAGAAGUACGAGUCUCUGGCCUCAGACCUGCUGGAGUGGAUCGAGCAGACCAUCAUCAUCCUCAACAACAGGAAGUUCGCCAACUCUCUGGUCGGGGUCCAGCAGCAGCUUCAGGCCUUCAACACCUACCGAACCGUCGAGAAACCCCCCAAGUUCACAGAGAAGGGAAACCUGGAGGUUCUUCUCUUCACCAUCCAGAGUAAGAUGAGAGCCAACAACCAGAAGGUCUACAUGCCCCGCGAGGGCAAACUCAUCUCAGACAUCAACAAGGCCUGGGAGCGACUGGAGAAGGCCGAGCACGAGAGGGAGCUGGCUCUGAGGACGGAGCUGAUUCGUCAGGAGAAACUGGAACAACUUGCCAGACGCUUCGACCGGAAGGCGGCCAUGAGAGAGACCUGGCUCAGCGAAAACCAGAGACUGGUGUCACAGGACAACUUUGGUUUCGACCUCCAGGCCGUGGAGGCGGCCACCAAGAAGCACGAGGCGAUUGAGACGGACAUCGCUGCGUACGAGGAGCGCGUCCAAGCCGUGGUUUCCGUGGCGAAGGAGCUGGAGGUGGAGCACUACCACGACAUCAAACGCGUCACGGCCAGGAAGGACAACGUGAUCCGGCUGUGGGAGUACCUGCUGGAGCUGCUGAAGGCCCGCAGGCUGAGACUGGAGAUGAACCUGGGCCUGCAGAGAGUCUUCCAGGAGAUGCUCUACAUCAUGGACUGGAUGGACGAGAUGAAGAUGUUGCUGCUGUCUCAGGACUACGGGAAGCAUCUGUUAGGUGUUGAGGACCUGCUGCAGAAACACGCCCUGGUGGAGGCGGACAUCGCCAUCCAGGCGGACAGGGUGAAGGCAGUCAGCUCUAACGCCAACAAGUACUCCGUCAACGACGACGGCUACAAGCCCUGCGACCCUCAGGUCAUCCAGGACCGGGUGUCCCACCUGGAGUUCUGCUACCAGGAGCUGACCCAGCUGGCUGCCGAGCGUCGCGCCCGCCUGGAGGAGUCCCGGCGUCUCUGGAAGUUCUUCUGGGAGAUGGCGGAGGAGGAGGGCUGGAUCCGUGAGAAGGAGCAGAUCCUGUCCUCUCUCGAGCACGGCAAAGACCUGACGGGGGCGCUGCGCCUCCUCAGCCAGCAACGCGCCCUGGAUGACGAGAUGAGCGGCCGCGCCGGCCACCUCCAGCACACCAUCGCAGAGGGCCAGGCCAUGGUAGAGGCCGGCCACUUCGCCGCCUCCAAGAUCCAGGAGCGUAUCGGCGACCUGCGGGCUCAGUGGGCGGCGCUGGAGCAGCUGGCGGCGGGGAGGAAGAAGAGACUGGAAGAGGCUCUCGCACUCCACCAGUUCCAGACUGAUGCGGAUGAUGUUGACGCCUGGACGCUGGACGCCCUGCGGAUCGUCUCGAGUGGAGAGACGGGCCAUGACGAGUUCUCUACACAGGCCCUGGUCAGGAAGCACAAAGACGCGGCGGCGGAGGUGGCCAGCUACCGUUCGGUCAUCGACUCACUCCACGAGCAGGCCGCCUCUCUGCCCAACGAGAAGGCGGAGUCAGAGGAGGUGCGUAGUCGGCUGGCCGGCAUCGAGGAACGUUACAAGGAGGUGGCGGAGCUGACGAAGCUGAGGAAGCAGGGGCUGCAGGACGCUCUGGCGCUCUACAAGAUGUUCAGCGAAGCCGGCGCCUGUGAGGUCUGGAUCGACGAGAAGGAGCAGUGGCUGAACAGCAUGGAGAUCCCCGAGAAACUGGAGGACCUGGAGGUCAUACAGCACAGGUUUGAGAGUCUGGAACCGGAGAUGAACAACCAGGCGUCUCGUGUCGCUGUGGUAAACCAGAUCGCCCGGCAGCUGAUGCACAGCGGUCACUCGAGCGAAAAGGACCUGAAGACCCAGCAGGACAAACUCAACAACAGGUGGAGCCAGUUCCGUGAUCUGGUGGACCAUAAGAAGGAGUCCCUGAACUCGGCUCUGGGUGUGCAGAACUACCACCUCGACUGCAACGAGACCAAGUCCUGGAUCAAAGAGAAGACCAAAGUCAUCGAGUCCACCCAGGAGCUGGGCAACGACCUCACCGGGGUCAUGGCCCUGCAGCGCAAACUGACCGGUAUGGAGCGUGACCUCGCCGCCAUCGAGGACAAACUGGGCGACCUGCGAGGCGAGGCCGAGCGGCUGGCAGAGGAGCACCCCGACCAGGCCAAGGCCAUCACAGGCCGCCUGGCUGAGAUCACUGCGGUCUGGGAGGAAAUGAAGAACACUCUGAAGAACCGCGAGGAGUCUCUCGGCGAGGCCAGGAAGCUGCAGCAGUUCCUGCGCGAGCUGGACGACUUCCAGUCUUGGCUGUCGCGCACUCAGACGGCCAUCGCCUCCGAGGACAUGCCCAACACGCUGGCUGAGGCCGAGAAGCUCAUGGCCCAGCACGAAGGCAUCAAGAACGAGAUCCAGAACUACGAGGAGGACUACCAGAAGAUGCGAGAUAUGGGGGAGAUGGUGACGCAGGGCCAAACGGACGCGCAGUACAUGUUCCUGCGACAGAGGCUGCAGGCGCUCGACACCGGCUGGAACGAACUGCACAAGAUGUGGGAGAACCGACAGAACCUGCUGUCCCAGUCCCACGCUUACCAGCUGUUCCUCAGAGACACCAAGCAGGCCGAGGCCUUCCUCAACAACCAGGAGUACAUUCUGGCCCACACCGAGAUGCCCGCCACUCUGGAGGGCGCUGAGGCCGCCAUCAAGAAGCAGGAGGACUUCAUGACCACCAUGGAUGCCAACGAAGAUAAGAUCAACGGCGUGGUGGAGGCCGGCAGGCGGCUGGCGAGCGACGGAAACGUCAAUGCCGAGCGUAUCCAGGAGAGGGUCGCCUCCAUCGACGACAGGCAUAAGAAGAACAGGGAGGCCGCAGUGGAGCUGCUGAUGAGACUGAAGGACAACAGAGACCUGCAGAAGUUCCUGCAGGACUGCCAGGAGCUGUCUCUGUGGAUCAACGAGAAGAUGCUCACCGCUCAGGACAUGACCUACGACGAGGCCAGGAACCUGCACAGCAAGUGGCUGAAGCACCAGGCCUUCAUGGCCGAGCUGCAGUCCAACAAAGAGUGGCUGGACAAGAUCCAGAAGGACGGCACGCUGCUGGUGUCGGAGAAGCCGGAGACGGAGGCGGUGGUGAAGGAGAAGCUGUCGGCGCUGCACUCGAUGUGGGAGGAGCUAGAGUCCACCACGCAGACUAAAGCUCAGUGUCUGUUCGACGCCAACAAGGCCGAGCUGUUCACUCAGAGCUGCGCCGACCUCGACAAGUGGAUGGGGGGCCUCGAGGGCCAGAUCCAGUCUGACGACUACGGCAAGGACCUGACCUCCGUCAACAUUCUGCUCAAAAAACAACAGAUGCUGGAGAAGCAGGUGGAGGUGCGUCAGCGGGAGGUGGUGGAGCUGCAGAGCCAGGUGAAGGCUCUGGGUCAGGAGGUGAAGGACACCGACGAGGUGGACGGGCGGAGGCAGCUGGUGGAGAGGAAGUUCCAGGAGCUGCUGGAGCCGCUGCGACGCCGCAGGAACUUCCUGGUGGCGUCCAGAGAAGUCCACCAGUUCAACCGAGACGUCGAGGACGAGAUCCUGUGGGUCCAGGAGAGGAUGCCCGUGGCCACGUCCACCGACCACGGAAACAACCUGCAGACCGUCCAGCUGCUCAUCAAGAAGAACCAGACUCUGCAGAAGGAGAUCCAGGGUCAUCAGCCUCGUAUCGACGACAUCUUGGAGCGCACCAAGAGCCUCCUGAAAGACGAGUCUUCCGACGAAGUCGUGAUCCGUCAGCGUCUCGCCAACCUGCAGGAGCUGUGGAGGCGGCUGAUGGAGGAGGCGGAGCGGCGUCACGGCCGGCUGGAGGAGGCGCACAAAGCCCAGCAGUACUACUUCGACGCCGCCGAGGCCGAGGCCUGGAUGAGCGAGCAGGAGCUGUACAUGAUGUCGGAGGAGAAGGCCAAGGACGAGCUGAGCGCCGUCACCAUGCAGAAGAAGCAUCAGAUCGUGGAGCAGGCGGUGGAGGACUACGCUGAGACGGUCCACCAGCUGUCCAAGACCAGCAGAGGCCUGGUGGCGGACGGACACCCGGAGAGUGAGCGAAUCAGCAUGCGUCAGUCUCAGGUGGAUAAGCUGUACGCCGGCCUGAAGGACCUAUCGGAGGAGAGGAGGGGCAAACUGGACGAGAGGCUCCGCCUCUUCCAGCUGAACCGGGAGGUGGACGACCUCGAGCAGUGGAUCGCCGAGCGGGAGGUGGUGGCCGGGUCGCACGAGCUGGGCCAGGACUACGAACACGUUACUAUGCUGCAGGAGCGUUUCCGGGAGUUCGCUCGGGACACCGGGAACAUCGGCCAGGAGCGCGUGGACGCCGUCAACCAUCAGGCGGACGAGCUGAUCAACACGGGCCACGGCGACGCGGCGACGGUGGCGGAGUGGAAGGACGGGUUGAACGAGGCUUGGGCCGACCUGCUGGAGCUGAUCGACACCAGGACGCAGAUCCUCGCCGCCUCCUUCGAGCUGCACAAGUUCUACCACGACGCCAAGGAGAUCCUGGGACGCAUCCUGGACAAACAGAAGAAGCUGCCGGAGGAGGUCGGCCGCGACCAGAACACAGUGGAGACGCUGCAGAGGAUGCACACCACCUUCGAACACGACAUCCAGGCGCUGGGAACACAGGUGAGGCAGCUGCAGGAUGACGCCGUGCGCCUGCAGUCGGCGUACGCCGGAGACAAAGCCGACGACAUCCAGCGGAGGGAGAGCGAGGUGCUGGAGGCCUGGAGGAGUCUGUUGGAGGCCUGCGACGGGCGCAGGGUCCGCCUCCUGGACACCGGCGACAAGUUCAGGUUCUUCAGCAUGGUCCGAGACCUGAUGCUGUGGAUGGACGAUGUUAUCCGGCUCAUCGAGGCCCAGGAGAACCCCAGAGACGUGUCGUCCGUGGAGCUGCUGAUGAACAACCAUCAGGGCAUCAAGGCGGAGAUCGACGCCCGCAACGACAGCUUCACGGCCUGCAUCGAGCUGGGGAAAGCCCUGCUGGCCCGAAAACACUACGCGUCGCACGAGAUUAAAGAAAAGCUGCUGCAGCUGACCGACAAGAGGAAAGAGAUGAUUGACAAGUGGGAGGAUCGGUGGGAGUGGCUACGACUCGUCCUGGAGGUGCACCAGUUCUCCCGGGAUGCGGGGGUGGCCGAGGCCUGGCUGCUGGGCCAGGAGCCCUACCUGUCCAGCAGGGAGAUGGGUCAGAGCGUGGACGAGGUGGAGAAGCUCAUCAAACGCCACGAGGCCUUCGAGAAGUCCGCCGCCACCUGGGAGGAGCGCUUCUCCGCUCUGGAGAGGCUGACUACGCUGGAGCUGCUGGAGGUGAGGAGGCUGCAGGAGGAAGAGGAGAGGAUGAGGAAGCCGCCGUCUCCGGAGCCGGCCGUGAUUGAGCAGGAGGAGGCUCAGCAGGAGAGCGGAGUCAUCGUGCAGAACGGACUCCCGUCAGACCAGGACUCUCCUAAGGACGGCGUGGACGGUGGAGGUCUGGUGAACGGCGUGGCCGAGCGUAGCUCCAAGGAGCCGAGCCCCGGCGCCUCCCCGACCUCCGGCAGGAAGAGUAAGACCAGCCAGUCGUCCACGCUGCCCUCCAAGAACCAGGACUCGUCCUCCCAGCUGGAGGGACUCCUGCACCGCAAACACGAGUGGGAGGGCCACAACAAGAAGGCCUCCAACAGGUCGUGGCACAACGUGUACUGUGUCAUCAACAACCAGGAGAUGGGCUUCUACAAAGACGGCAAGGCGGCGGCUCAGGGAGUCCCGUACCACAGCGAGUUACCCAUCAGCCUGAAGGAGGCGGCGUGCGACGUGGCGACAGACUACAAGAAGAAGAAACACGUCUUCAAACUCAGAGUCACCGAUGGAAACGAGUACCUGUUCCAAGCCAAAGAUGAGGACGAGAUGAGCACCUGGAUCCAGGCCAUCCUGAACGCCAGCGUCGACCACUCCGACGUGCAGGGCAGCAACCCCGGCACGCCGGCGUCCGGGCGCGCUCAGACGCUGCCGGCCGCCGUCACGCUCACCACCGAGUCGAGUCCCGGCAAGAGAGAGAAGGACAAAGAGAAGGACAAGGAGAAGCGCUUCAGCCUGUUCAGCAAGAAGAAGCAGUAGAACAGGAAGGACGCGGCGCUUUGGUGAAACCGAUCAGCCGGGUCCCGACGCGCGCUCUGAAGCAGGAAGUGACAUAUUUAGCUGCUUUAAAAUAUCAUUUCUCAUUUCCUGCCUCCAGCUGGAACAGAACUGGAACCUGCUUCAGAGCGCGAGUCCAGCUGCUUUUUCAGCUGCACGAAGGUCCGGAGACGCGUCACCUCCAAACCUCUCCCUGCUGAUUGGCUCGAAGCUCGCCUCGCUCCGACGAGACCUUCGCCGAUUUUGCCAGCCGUCAACCUCCCGACGUUUCCUGUUCCUCCAAACACGACUUCAUGUUAGAAACGGUCGAUUAUUCCCAAGUGGAGGACGCCGUCUGUUAGAGGACGUCCGUAGAGAUGGCGUCAUCAGAUGAACCUUCAUCACUACUGAUGAUGUCACUACUGAGCGGCGGCUGACGGAGGUUGACGCUCGGCGAGGAGCAGGAGGCUGAACGUUUCACCAAAGUGCGCCGUGGGGUUGUUUUUGUGUUCAUUCUCGAUUUUUUUUUUUUAAAACGUGGUUAGCCGGUCGCGUGGCGAGGCGACACUCGGGACGAAUGCUAACACUGUGCCUGAGAGCGAGAGCGGGACUUCGGUUCAGACCCGGCGUCGGCCUUCGCUCUGCGGCCGAUGAACCGCCGUCACGCCGCGUCUAAACCGAAGCCUUGGCUGCGUCUCUCGGUGACGUCAGCAGGGACCACGCCUGUUCUGUGAUUUGAUUUUAUUUUUCUACGUUGCGUUUUUUACAGAGUUAUUUGCUCAGUUUUGUGUCUGAAGAGACGAACGAACAUUCUUCCUCCGCCGCUGAGAAAUUGGACCAACAGUGCAUUUUUCUUUUCUUCUUAUUAUUUUGCCUUAUCCUCGCCGUCUAACGCUCGGCAGCCAUUUUGUUUUUGUCUUUUGAACAGCCGGUCGCCUUCCAGGAGGCGUGUGAUAUAGAAACACUUGCAUGCUUCGUCAGGCUCAGAGCGUCGCCUGAAACUCACCUGAAACUGAAAAUGGCUUCAUUUUUUUCCAUCUUCUUCUUUGGUUCUCACACGUUUUCAGAUCUUCUCGUACAGGUAAUGACGAUCAAUAUGUAUAAUAAACACUUUAAAGCGUCGGUGUCGGGUGGUGAACGUGUGCUGCAGACGGUGCGGAGACAUGAAGGUUUGCUUGCUUUUCGUCGGCUCUUCGCGCUGCGUUCAGGUUUUCCGCUCUUUGAUACUCGUGUUGCUGCGUCGCUGUGUAUCUAUUGUACUGAACAUGUAUGGAAGUUAACGCCAUCUUACUGCACAAUCAGAACUACAUCUAUAGGAAUGAAGAAGAAGAAGCAGCUGAGGCCGAAUAUUUAAACUGAAGUUAGAACAUUAAGGCUUUUCUCAUGUAUGAAACUGCACCUGUAGACUUUAAAGCUCUCUCUCUCUCUCUCUCUCUCUCUGUCAGAUAUGUGCGAUCAUUAAAGCUUUUAAACUUUA